GUGUUGAACAUUGACAUUCGACGAACAUUGAGCGGCAUUUAUGUCAAGCUAUUCAUAUUACGGUUAAAAUAAGAUCAUUAACUAAAUAUGAUUUGAACGUUUAGUUUAAUGUAAAGACAACGAUUUCGAAAUUAUUUUAUUUGUUUUGUUUAACUAUUGAUAUCGAAAAAAAAACAAACUAUUGUCUCUUGUUAUAUCAUUUGUUGAUUGCAUCGUUAAAUUUCCGAAUUAUUUUGUUGAUGAUUUUCGUUUCGUUUUGAGAGUAAGAAAAACAGAGGACAAAAAAGAAUUAUGCCAAAGGCAGGUACGUCCAAAGCGGCAGCCGCAUCCAAGGCGCCAAAUAAGAAGCCGGCCGUUAAACGAAAGGCAAAUGGGUUUCAGAAGCCCGAAAGCAUUCCAUUGGGUGAAGUCCUAACUGAUUUAUCGAAGCAACAGUGGAAAAUUGGACCAUCAAUUGGUGCUGGUGGGUUUGGUGAGAUUUAUUGCGCAACUAAGGCCAGUGAAUCGACCAAAAAAUACGAAGACUAUCCAUAUGUUGUCAAAGUGGAACCGCACGGCAAUGGACCACUUUUUGUUGAAAUGCAUUUUUAUAUGCGCAACGGCAAAAUGGCAGACAUCGAUGCGUUCCGAAAGAAACGCAAUCUCAAAUCACUUGGAAUGCCGCAUUUCGUUGGCCACGGAUCACACGAUCUAAACGACAAAAAGCAUCGUUUCAUUGUGAUGCCACGAUUUGGUUCAGAUGUCUGCAGUUUAUAUGUCGAAAAUGGCAAAAAGAUGCCAUUACACACGGCCUAUCGUUUGGCCAUUCAAAUGCUUGACGUUUACGAAUACAUUCACGAGUGCACAUACGUUCAUGCCGAUUUGAAGGGAGCCAAUAUGCUUCUUGGUUUCGGAAAGAAUGGCGGCCAUCAAGCGUAUUUGGUCGAUUUUGGUUUGGCAUCACAUUACACAACGAAGGAUUUUAAGCCAGAUCCCAAGAAAAUGCACAAUGGAACCAUCGAAUAUACGUCACGCGAUGCUCAUCAGGGCGUUCCAACGAUGCGUGGAGACUUCGAAAUUCUCGCUUACAAUGUGAUUCAAUGGGCUGGCGGUGAUUUGCCAUGGGAAAAGAAUAAGCUGCUACCAACACCGGCUAAAGUGCAACAGUCUAAGGAAGAUCUGAUGUCAAACAUCGAUUCACGUCUGAAAACAUGUUUUCCAAACCAACAAUGUCCGGAACCGAUAUUCGCUUUCUUGAAAUACGUCACAAAAAUGAAGUACGACGAAAAACCCGAUUACGAAAAGUGUCGCAAGAUGUAUGUUGAUGGUCUAAAAUCGCUCGGUAAGACAAACAGCGGUGACCUGGAAUUCAAAGUAUCGUCUGCGUCAACAUCGGCCAAGAAAUCAUCAGUCGUAUCGGUUAGUCCCGUUAAGGAGCAACGACCGAAAGUUGGGCCAAAAGUUGGACGACCACGGGCUGCUGCUGCAAAGGUUGAUAAUGUAGAAAAUAUAUCGCCAAAAGCAAAGAAUUCACGUAAACGUGACACAGCCAAUGACUCAAGCGAAGAAUCAGCUUCGCCGUCGAAAAAAGUGCGUCAGUCAAACAAAGCAUCAACUCAAGUUCGUACCACUAAAGGGUCGAGCCGUACAACGGCAACGACCACAUCGAAGGCCGGUUCGUCAGUCGUGGUAAAUAAUCAUGUGAGCCAAGAGAAGAGCAAAAAGAAUAAAACAUACAAUAUCAAUUUGGAUCUAGAUAUCAGCUUCGAUGCCAAUGUCGUCGUCAAUGUGAAACGGAAGAAGAAAAAAUCACCAAAGGAAGAAGUUGAAAGUCCAAAUCAGAGCAUACAAUCGACCGACGAAAUUCCACCGAGCGAUAAAAGUUUCAUUGUGGCAACAAAAGUGUACAAACGAGCACCACGCGCCAGUCCACGAACGAAAUAACCAUUUCCCAUUUUUACACACAAUUUCCGAAUCUAUGCUUAUGACGCAAGACUACACUUCAGUUUGAUUGCAUUUUUCUUUUCUGAGAUUGAACAGUAAACAUACGCAUAAAAAUUAUCUCAAAAUUAAAAUACGUAUUUCUUAAGUUUGUUUGUUUUUUCUCCACUGUUAUUUUCCACUUGCCCUUAAAUUUUGGUUUGUUUAAACAUGAUUGAUAAAAAAAAAAUAACCUGAUCUAAGAAUAAUAAAAAUGAGUUAUUGAUUUGUCUUAUCAGCA